GCAAAGCAAAGAAAAGUUUAAUCGUCUUGGCCAUGGCGUUCAAUAGAGCACAAUUGCUUGUUGCCUUCGUUCUGGGUUUGCUCCUCAUGUGCCACGGUGCGGAGGCUUUCCAUCAGCUUUUCUCCUCCAUGAACAAGGAUUACAACCACGGAUGCAUGGACUGGAAGGAAUGCAUGAAGAGUUGCCAAAAGGGGGGGUUCGACGGCGGAUUCUGCAUACUCUCCAAAUGCACCUGCUUCAAAAAGGGUAUGCAUGCACCACCACCACAACACAAUGCGCCGGAGUUGGCGCCAUCCGAAGGGCCAUCGGAGGCAAAAGCCAUGUUCGCAAGGAAAGUUUACAUGGGUACGGGUAAUUGAUUCGGUGGCUAAUUUUCGCGACUCUAUAAAAAUGUUAUGUGUGUAAGCAACUAAGCACGAAUAAUUGAUCGCCUGAAAAUAUGCAGAAUUGGAGUAACGAAAGAAAUGACAAGAAAGAAGACUCUUCAAUCUGAGACCGUGCUUAAGUGAGUUAUGGUCGGUUUUAUCAAAUCUGCCAUGUUGUCAUGGCUUUUUACAUCAUCAGUGUUUUGGUUAUCUCUGUUACAUUUACAUGGAUUGGGAUCCCAUGCUUCACUAAUUGGUAGGAAACUAGCCCAACAAACUCAUGCACAUAAUCCAACAAUAAACACUGUAACAUCGCAAUUUUUAGAAUGUUUAAAAAUUAUUUUCUAAAAAGCAAGGCCAAAAAAUGUGUUUGUUUU